AUGAAGGCCACAUUGAUCCUAUCUGGCCUUUUGGCUAGCACUGUCUCGGCUCACAUGCAGUUGAACAAGCCAUACCCUAUCCGCAGUCCCCUCAACAAGGAAGGCAAGGGCGAGAAGGAUUAUUCUUACACCAACCCCCUCUCCACCUCUGGUAGCGACUACCCGUGCAAAGGCUACGCCAAUGAUGACUUCGAGGCCGUGGAUACGUGGGCGCCAGGCUCGUCCCAAGAGAUGUCACUGGAAGGUAGUGCUGUCCAUGACGGCGGCUCAUGCCAGCUUUCCUUGACUUAUGACAAGGGUAAGACCUUCAAGGUCAUUGAGUCCAUCGAGGGUGACUGCCCUAUUGCUAAGAAGUACCAAUUCGAGGUCCCCUCGGACGCACCAAGCGGUGAUGCUCUCUUCGCUUGGACGUGGUUCAACAAGGUUGGCAACCGCGAGAUGUACAUGAACUGUGCUAUGAUCACAAUUGGUGGCUCCAGCAACCGCAGCGCUACUGUCAACUCCGAGUCCCGUGAGGCAAAGGUGGCCCCCAAGCAGACGCUCGACGAGAAGACCACCGAGAAGGGCCCCAACAACACGGCCAAUACCCACACUACGAAUGCCAAGAGCAGCUUCGAUAGUCUCCCCGAUAUCUUUGUUGCCAACGUUGGUCAGGUUGGCAAAUGCGUGACGAUCGAGGGCCAGGCCGUUCACUUCCCCAAGCCCGGUCCCAAGCUCAUUGGCAAGGCCGAUGGCCCCGGCUACAACUGCUCCGACAAUGCCCCCUUCCUCAACGGCGUUAACAAGUCUGAGACCAAGCCUGCGACAAGCAGCAGCUCCAAGGCUGUGAUAAAGCCAACUACUACCAGCAGCUCCUCCUUCUCCACCAAGGCUUCGUCCAAGGUCGCCCAGACCUUCAGUACUACCUCCGCCACCGCUGACGCUCGUGUGCUCUCCACCGAGGCCUCAUCCAACAACGAUUUCAUCGACUACGUCAGUUGGUCUUGCCACUCCGGUGAUCUCAUUUGCUCUCCCGAUGGACUUUCCUUUGCCAUGUGCAGUAACGGAAAACCCAUCUUCAUGGGUCCCGUCGCUGCUGGUACUAUUUGCCGCUCGGGAAUUAUCGUUGCCCGCCAGUAA